AUGAAGCGGUUCAAACAAGCGACGGUGGCUGAUCUUGUCAACAUAUUCAGUGAGCCGGCGGCCAGACGGGCCCCGGACAUGACUGUCGUGACCUUUGACCAAAGACGCGCACCUAGAACGACUACCACAGACCAACCAGACGAACCAGCAGAAUCCAACCCGUCCAUCACCGACAGGCCUCCCGCCGUCCUGGCCGGGCCCGUCGACCCCAACCUGGCCAACCCGCGGCUCCUCGUCAACCGGACAUGCAUCUACGAACGCCAUCUCCCCGCCAACGCCUACAUCACAGCGCACGUCCAGCGCCUCCAGCACGGCCACUACUCGUCACCGGCGGUGUCCGACCAGGACUUCGACCACGUCGACUUCCUCAGCGUCAACUUCGUCUUCCACUCGCCCAACACCCUCGCACACCGCUUCCGCGCCGCCACCAUCCGCGCCUCCGUACGCUGCGGCCGCGACAGCAGCGCCGGACCCGCGCGCUCGCGCAACCCGCGCUUCCUCAAGCACGCCCCGCACCUCCUCUACGGCACCGUCUCGCCCGAGACCCUGCAGUGGAACUACAGCCUGACGGGCUCCCUCGGCGUCGCCGAGCUGCCGGUGAUGGCCAGCAUCACGCCGGCCGGCGGCAUCAACGGCCGCUACCGGCGCUACGAGAUGAUGCGCAUCCAGGGCUCGGUGCGCUCGCUGCCCAGCCCGCGCGGCCGCCGCUUCGACGCCGACGCCGCCCAGCUCGUCUGGUCCCUCGAGGAAAACAACCUGCAGCGCUCCGGGCUCCCCCGCGAAUUCACCUUCGCCAUGCUCAUCCAGAAACCCCGCGCUGACAGCCGCGUCCAAUUCGCCCUCGACAUCGACCCCGUCCUUCAGUUCCACUGCUCCGUAUACCCGGCCUGGUGGCUGCGGCAGCGUCGCUACCGCCCCGUGCCCCGUCGCCCCGUCGACUUUCGCGUCGAAGUCGGCCAGCGCUUCGAGCCUGUCCCCGCCGACAGUGCCUCGCGCGGGUUCAACUUUGCCGCCCUGGAGAGUUCGUUUGACGAUUAUGCCCCCCCAACAAUCUAUGGAAGUUGUCUGAUCUCAGCUCACGCGCGGUAUCCCCAGAUCCCUAUCCUCCCAGACGACACCGACGGCCUCCCCGAUAACCCCCCCAACGCCCCCGGCGACUACUCCAUGGUCCAACCCGUCAGCGGCAUGCCCCAGCUGCCCUUCCCGGCCGGCGGCAUGGCCGCCAUGCCAGGGCGGGUGCCCGUGAACGCAGCAGCCGGACCGAUGAUGCCGCCGGGGUUCAACGCGGGGGGACUGCCCAUGCGGACGAUCCUCGCCAGCAACGGGCAGAACUAA